GAAGAACUUGGAGACAUGGGAACAACUUUGCCUUCUGCACCAACGUCGCUUGCUCAGUAUCCAAAACUCUGUGAACUCCGUCGAAAGUUUCCUGUUCUCUAUCGUGUUGAAUUUCAGAGUGCAGCAAAGGUUGAAACCCAUUUGUGUAGGCACGCAAUGAAACCAGCUAACAGGGAGAAAAACCAGAAUCAACGUUGUAUUCCAUAUGAUUACAAUAGAGUUGUUCUAGACACAAUUGAGGGACAACCUGAUUCUGACUAUAUAAACGCUUCAUAUGUAGAUAGUUUAUUGAAGCCUAAUGCCUACAUCGUGACUCAGGGACCCAUGGAAAACACAGUAACAGAAUUUUGGCGAAUGGUAUGGCAAGAGAGAGCAUCAUGUAUUGUGAUGUUAACAAAAACAUUCGACUUUAUUAAGGUAAUGUGUGUACAAUAUUGGCCAGCAAAUAAAGACAAAGAUGAAGAGUAUGGUGGAAUAGGUGUGUCAGUAUUGAAAGAAGAAGAACUAGCAAAUUUUCAUAUACGAACGAUAAAACUAUACAAAACAGAUGAUAAAGGAGAGAUUAGUGAAGAAAGAACACUUUUACAAUUUCACUAUACAGAAUGGCAUUCGCAUACGUGUCCGUUUGGUAAUGCAGUUUUAGAAUUCCGUCGACGUGUGAGAGCUGUUGUUGGAUCCACAAUAAAAAAUGAAUCUGGUCCAAUGGUAGUUCACUGCAAUGAUGGUGGAGGUCGUUCUGGUGUUUAUCUCGCAAUAGACGCAAACAUGGAACUUGCUGAGGAAGAGGACACAUUUGAUGUCUUUGGAUAUCUUAAAAAACUGAGGCAAAGUAGACGAGGACUUAUAGAAAGUUUGGACCAAUACAAAUUUGUCUACGACACCCUCGAGGAGUUCGUAAUAUGCGGUGUCUCGUGGUUCCCAGUAUCGGAACUCUCACAACGACUGAAGCAGAAGAGCGUGAAAAAUCCAAUAACGAAGAUGAACGAGUAUCAACGGGAAUAUCAACAAAUCUGCAAGCAAACUCCUCGAUUUACGAUAGGAGAUUGUGCUGGUGGACAUCGAGCUGAUAACAGAGAAAAAAAUCGAGAUGUACUUGUUGUUCCUCCUGACAAUUUUCGGCCUUAUCUAACGAGUUUCCAAGGAAACAGUUUCACAGAUUACAUCAACGCUGUAUUUGUGGACGGAUAUACUAAACCACGAGAGUACAUAGUAACUGAAUGGCCAUUGAAGCAUACUUGUGGAGAGUUUUGGUCUUUGGUUUAUGACUAUGAAUGCUCAGCAGUGGUUGUACUUUGUGUUCCACCCGCAUCCUCCCAAAACUUCCCUAGUUUCUGGCCAGAAGGUAGACACUCCAAGAAGUACGGACCGGUCUUUACGAUAGAUCACAUAAGCCAUAAUCAUUACACUAACAUUAAAACAUGGGUUUUUAGGAUAAACAAGAAAAUCGUGUCAUUAACAGAAUUGAUGGCAGGCGUGAAAGCACCCCCUAAAACGGUUCAGUUAUUCCAGUUGACGUGUUGGCCAAUGGGUCAAGCGGUACCGACGUCGACAAAUAGUCUUGUCGAAUUGAUGAAUAUGGUAGAGAGAUGGCGUCAAAGAACAGACUAUGGACCUGUAGCUGUUGUGUCUCCUGAUGGCAGAAGUCGUUGCGGUGUGUAUUGUGCCGCAAAUGCUUGUAUUGAACAAGUCAUUCAACAUGGGGAAGUUGACAUCUUUCAAGCAGUUAAGACUGUCCGCAGGCAUCGUCCUCAAUUGGUUGAAAAUAUGACGGAGUACAAAUAUUGUUACGAUUUAGUUCUACAUUACGUGCUGCAUUAUUUAAAUAAAGACAUGAAUGAAAAGAAGUGAGAAAGCGAGUUGAGGGACGAGCUGUGGUUCAUCGAGUUCGGUCGUGGGGCUGCGUUGCCCU